UUGUCCACUUGUUUAGAAAGUGAGAGUUGAACUAAAAGAGAAAAUGGGGAGAGCUCCUUGUUGUGAUAAAGCUAAUGUGAAGAGAGGUCCAUGGUCACCAGAAGAAGAUGCCAAACUCAAACACUUCAUUGAAAAAUAUGGAACUGCCGGAAAUUGGAUCGCCCUUCCUCAAAAAGCUGGACUGAAAAGAUGUGGGAAGAGUUGCAGAUUGAGAUGGCUAAAUUAUCUAAGGCCUAAUAUUAAGCAUGGCGACUUUACUGACGAUGAAGAUAGAGUUAUCUGCAGCUUGUAUGCCAAUAUUGGGAGCAGGUGGUCAAUUAUAGCUGCUCAGUUACCCGGAAGGACUGACAAUGAUAUCAAAAAUUAUUGGAAUACAAAGCUAAAGAAGAAACUCAUGGGGUUAAAUAAUAUUCCUUCAUCAAAUUAUAAUCAAAGAUUACCAUUCUUUCCAUCUCAAAUAGCACCACCCCAAUCCCAACCCCAGAUGAUUUCAAGUCUUUUUAGAGACACAUCAAAUAAUGCAGCAGUGUGCAAUAAUAAUAACAAUAUUAACUUUUCUUUGGGUAGUAACCAUUAUUCUGAUUAUUUACAAAGUCAAGAAAGAUUGGUUAAUUCCUUGAAAUAUUGCACAUUGAAAGAUAAUAAUUUACUAAUGUUUGGUGGGACAGAUCAAGCAAGUUGUUCUUCAUCUGAUGGAAGUUGUAGCCACCAAAUGAGCUAUCCAAAAGAAAUCAAGAAGGAAAGAGAAAUAGGUAAUUGUAAUUUAUCUUAUGAUGAAACUCAAAAAUUCAUUCUUGAUUAUGGCGACAAUAUUAUUGGAGCUGGUAAUAUUAGCCAACAGUAUGAUCAAAAGCCAAAUCAUGUGUAUUUGGGAAACAACAACACUCAAAAUGAUCAACUCCAAUAUGAUCUUGAAGAAGUUAAGCAGCUGAUUGGCAAUGGCAGUGAUUGUAAUAACAAUUUGUUUUAUAAUGAUGAAAACAAAACAGAUGAGAGAGGGAUGUACUAUUACCUAGGAAGUCAUCUAAACUGACUUUAAGAGUUGAAGUGAGGAGAGAUUCAGAUUUCAGUGAAAAAAACAAGGACUUAUUAGUUUAUGGGGUUUUGUGCAGUUGUGAUGUAAUUGAAUGGAAAUAACUUAUUUGCUUUGGCAGUACAAUGGUAAAGCUUAUUUGUUUGUUUGUCUGCCCCACUUUCCCCUAGUACCCUAACCCGU